AUGAUGGGAAAACAAGCAAAUACGGCUGAAUUCGUCGAGGAAAUCGGUCAAACCGCGGCGCCACACUUCUCUCUUGGCCUAUCAAAAGGGCGAAGUAGUGAUAAUCAUCAACAAACGGAUAUGGUUCCACGUUCCUAUCGAUUUGCUUCGGUUUUUCAGGUCUUGCGAAUCAUAAAUCCAUAAUAAAGUCUUUUUCUCAGGUUUUCGACAAUUUUUGAGGGAAAAGCAUCAUUUUUCUCAAUUUUCCUUUUAUCAAAACAUUUUACAUGACUUCCACGGAAUUAUGUAUUCAAUUACCCAGAGUUAUCCCUAUAGAGGUUCGGGGAAAAAGACCCUACAUAGGAAAAAUAAGGCCCCAUGUAGGGGUAAAGUUUGUGAUUCCUCUAGGGAUCUUUUAGUUUUUUUGUUCAGAUUUGAAAGUUUUGUGCAGAUCCGAACUUUUUCUAGAUAUUCUAGAGAUCACUCAAGACAUUUUACGCCGCUGAAGUGGUCACUAGAUUAUUGAUUUACAGAGGUCCGAGUCAGUACUGAAAGUGGUCUUUUUUUAUCCAUGGAGCGUAUUUGAUUUGUCAUAUCAGCCUUUUUCUUUGAAAAAAAAACAGGAUCUUGGAAUAUCUGAUUGAUUACCUGAAUGCCUAGAUAAAUGUGAAAACUAAUUAGUUUUAUUUCUCUUUUUCAACCCUUCGUUUCCAAAACUGACCGAAGAAAAGUCUCUUGCCCACCACUUUACACACAUCUGUGGUUUUUUGUUGCCACCAGAAAAAGAAGAAGAAGGAAACAAAAAAGUUUUGGUUUCUCCAGGCGGCGUCGUCGAAUGACCACGGGGGGUACGUCGAGAGACGUCUUCUGACAAUUUCAAGAAUCGUCUGAAUUUGCAUGAUCUUUUAGAGAACGCCUGACCCGGAGGAGUUGUUCGAAAACUAAGAAGCUAGGCUUGAAAUACCCGAAAAGUCUGUUGAGAAGGCGAAGAAUAGACAUUUUGAAAAAAGGAAUGAAAAUGGACCAAGUUGUGUAGAAGCUUGUCAGUGAGUCUAAGCAGGGAUGGAAUUCCGCUUGACCGUAAACAAAUUUUACCAGUUAUUUUUGAUCUGGAGGAGCUGGAAUUAUCAAAAUCUGUUGAAAAAAGAGGCUGAAGUACGAAUUAAAAAAAAAAGUGGUUCAGCAUGUUCAGAAGCUGAUAGUAAGUCUAGAAAAGGAAAAAAAAAAUUGGGUUUGCUGUGAAAACAGAACAAAAAAUUAUUCUUUUCGUCGGAUAAGAAAUCCUCAUUAUACAUUGUCUCAAGCUAGCAUUCAAUCUUCGUCAUUUUUUUCAGCUCUGUCCGCUAAAUAAUUGUCCCCCGGGGGUUCCGCGGAACACACACACUUUCAUUAUCACUGCCGCCCGCCAUCAUCAUAUCAGUCGACGUCGUCAAUUCAGAAGAGAGAAAAAGUGUCGGAAGGGCGGGUCUUCUCAAAGUUGGACGGCGUCGUCCCGGGCGCCCCGCCUCUGACAAUCGACGGAAUGUGGUGGCUGCGGCGCUGUGGCCGCGUCCUCCUCGUGGUCAUCCUCGUCGUCGACCUCGUCGACUCCCGUGGUUUCCAUGGCAUUCCAGGUUUUUUAUUCAGUAGUUUCCUGAAAAUUCCCCUUUUCCGGAAUUUUUAACUCGUUUUCCGAAAAUUAUGCAUUUCUGAUGUUUUUUUUUACUUUUCUUAAGAAAAAAAACUUGAAACUUUUAAACAAGAAUAUUUGUUUUUUUCUUUUGAUUAAAAAAACUUUUGAGCAAAAUUUCACUUUCCAAAAAAAUUGCAAGAUAUUUUUUUAAGUUGCGCGUAAAGAAUAGUUACGCAAAAAGUAUGUCAGAGUUGCCGGGUUUUUUUACUUCUUAUUUUUUUUUUUACGUUUUAUUUUUCUUGUUUUUUAUAACGCGUAUUCAAUAUGGAAACGGAGAAUACUCUCAGUUCAAUAGUUUUGUUCAUUGGAUUGUUGCGAAGUUGUAAAUUUAUCAAUUUCGAAGAAUUUUAUUCCGUUUUGGGGCCUGUUAAAUUUCUCCAAUUAUCAAGAUUUUAUUAUUCGAACUUUGAUAUUCUCAGUUCGUUCGACAUAACUCAUUUGUAUAAAUCAGGUAUUAGAUUAUCAUUUUCAGACAGAGGGUUACUUUGUGAAAUUUCUAAUUUUUUUCAUUGAAAAAAAGUCAAACUUUUUUUAACCACUGUUUAUUUUUUCUUUUGCCUUUUUUUCUAAUUUCUGAAUCUUUAAAAAUUUGUUAAUCAUUUUUUUUAAUACACUUAGGCGGGUCAACAAACUCACCCAUUUCUUUUCAAAAAGAAUUUUUUUAUAACUUUUUUAGUGUUUCCAAACGAACUAUACUUUCUUCCCGAGCUCCACAUCGAGUUAGAUGAAGAAAACUAGACAAAGAAUUUUUUUCCUCACACUAAUUAGUCAUGCGGUUCAGAAAGUUUGACUCAUUUCCACUAAUUGUUUUCAACUUUUCAUCUUUUUUUUUCCUGUUGGUUUCCUUGGCAACGUUGACUUGGAAACUUCCGAAGUUGAAUUUUUUUGACCUAUCCAAUUAAUUUCUUCUUCUUGGAAUCUAAACGUUGAUAAUCAUAGAAAAUUGUGGCCGGAAAAAGGAAAUUCAGGGAAAAUUUUAUAUCACCCGAAUACAGAGUAUUUGGAAGAUGGAAUUUAUAUCCUGAUCUCAAGGAAAUUUUAUUAAAAAUAAAGAAAAUCGAUUCUAGGAAGGUACUGUUCGGUGAGGACGCCGACAUGUUGCACAAACCGCGACGACGAUUGCACGGCCCCGAUUUUGGGCGAUCAUUUGUGCUACUGCGACAUGUUCUGUGAUCGUGGCCCGGAUGGAGGUCUCUUUUUGAAUUUUCCUAGGAUCCUCGGAGAAGAUCGGAGGAUGAAUUUGUUUCCUAGGCGUCUUGAGAAAAUUUAGAAAGCGUAGUUUUUUUUUUGGCUUUUUCAAAGAAAUUCAGAAAAUGAUCGUUUUUUAAACUACCAUAAAACUACAAUAGCUCAUAAAGUCUAAAAAAAACAUCGAAAAAGGCUCAAAAUUAAAAAAAAAAAUCAUUUUCAACUUGCAAUUUGGGUAUACUCCGAAGUAAUGAAAUAUUUCACAGAAAAAAAAAGCUAAUCUGAAUUAUAACUUUCCAAUAAUUCCAGUUUCACCAGUUUUUUUCUUUAAGACUUGUUCUUUUUGUCGAAUUUUAGAGACUUUUAAAACUUUGAGUCCGGAUCAUUUUCUGUUUCCAAGAUUUCAUUAAUUUUCUGGCAAUUGAAACAUUCUCUGAGUUUGUUUGUUUGUUUGUUUGUUUUUUAAUUUUUAGUGAACCUCAAUGAAAAAUAGAAUUACAGGGCAAUUUUCGAUCAGUAAUUAGAUUAGAGCCUUUUUGGUUCCAAAUUAUAGUCAUUUCUUUAUCUUGACUCUUAGAUUUCAUUUUCGGAAAGGAUGGUUUUGUUCCUAACAGAGAAAUAUUGGAAAUUCAAUUUCAUGAAUCGGAAAAGAACAAGAAGGAGUUUCAAGCAUUACAAAUAAUAUGAAUAAAGUGUAAAUUAUUUUUGAAAUAAGAUAAUUUUUUUAUUUCAAAGCUUCUUUCAAUGGAGAUAUGUCCAUUCCUGGUUGUUUUUCUUCCUUCAAAUUUUUAGUUUUUGCAAAAAAAAACCUUGAUUUUCGUGAGCCCAAUGGACAAACAUUUUUUCCUAACCAAUUUUUGGGAAUCCUCUUUGAUUUGAGAAAAAUUUAAAAAAUUCCUCUUCAGUUGUUGCCGUUUUUCUUUUUUAACAUUUUUUUCAAAUUCUUAAUUCGGCAUUCUAUAACUAAAUACAGACAAUAACUCCUCAAUUAAUUACCCAAAUUAAAAUGGGAAAAGUAGUUAAAACAAAUUUUUAGGAAAUGACUGUUGCCCUGAUUUUGAAGCGACUUGCCGUGGCGGCGAUGAACGAGGCAGCUGGCAACUUUCCGGCGAAGGUUUGAACUGGACAUUACUGUUUCAAAGCGAAAAUAACAGGAUUUUUUUUUUCUUAUUUUUAUGGCCACUAUCAGUGCUGCUGAUGAAAAUUCAUUUAUAUCAUGAAAAUUCAUUUAUAUCAUUGAGUAACUGUGAAGAAAUCUUCUAACAGUGUGACCGCUUCGCGGGGCGCCCCGGUCUGGUCAGCAGCUCUGGCCACUAUGGCACAGAUUGAGAAAUAGCAAGGUCGAAUUCAGUUCAUUUUGUUUUUUAAAAUUUUUACCAAUCCUCCUUUUUAAUGCCUAAAAUUUGCAAGUUUUUCUCUUGAAUUUUCCCAUGUAUCAGUACUCAUUCUUUAUUUACAGCUAAAUUGUUACGAAAAAAAUUCCGCUGAUUUUUCUUAAAAAAAUCUUCGCACUAUUUCAUCAGAAACCUUUUUCAAAUAUACUGUUUCUUCGGGGUUAUUUGUUGAUUCCAAUCUAAAAGAAUGGGGAAAAACUGUAAUAAUGAAUGAGUUUUUCGAAAAAAGGAUCCUGGAUCAGCGAAAUAGCUGACGAAAAUGUGAGGUUUUUAGAGAAACAUAUGAAUUUUUUCUUGACAAGGUUUUAACGAUUAAUUUUCCGUCAUUUUUCCUCAUCUUACCCCAUCAUUGCUCAUGUUACAGCUUGCGUUGUCGACGGCGUUCACUACAAUGAAGGCGAUCAAAUACAGAGAAACUGCGAACAAUGGUAAAUUUAAAUGAAUAAUUUAUUAUAUUUUUUUACGUCUAUAUUAUCUGCUCUUGCAGCUCUUAUCAGAUAUUUUUUUAGGCUCAUUGGAAUGAUUUUUUUCGUUUGAUUUUUUUAAUUCACAACAUAGUUAAAUAAAAAUUUCUUCAGCGAUUUUUUUGAGUCAAAACGGAAUUUGGUGCUUUAAAAAAAGAAGUAUAAGGUGAUUUGAGUUUCAGAGAACCUUGCAAACCUAGAAUUAUAGGAAUUUUCGCAUUUCUGAAAAAAAUUUAAAAAGUGAAAUCAAUAUGGAACGUGGGAAACUGAAAAAAGAUAUUUUCGUUUUGAAAUAGGAUUUGCUCUGCGUUUUUUUGAACCGCAAAUAUUUUUUUCUAUGUUUUUUUUCUUGAAAUUUGAAUUUCUAAUCAAAAAAAUUUUUCGAAAUUUCUCAGCCUUGAAUUGUACUAAAUUCUAAAGAAAAAAUUCCGCAAAAAACUGCACUCUAUUGCUCAUGAUAACCAAAGUUUGCUUUAGUACAUGGGUGUUGAGUUUGGGCGGUCAAAAACGUCGAGAAAGACGGAUCAUUUGCGCCCCUCGGGGAAUAUUUCUCCAACAUAACACAAUAAGACGAUCGUGGCAUCCGAGGGUUUUGAUGAUUGCAUGUCCCUCAGAUUGUGGGUUCAGAUUUGAGAAGCUUUUCUUAGGUUCGAGAAGGAGGUUUUUAGUUUUGAGGGUGGUUUUUGGGUAGCAGAAGGACAUGUCGGAGUUAUUUCGAGCUUCGAAAAAAGCGAGGUGAGAAUAUAAAUGGAUAAAAUUGAGUUAGCAAAAUAUUAUAUAUAUUUUUUUGUUUUUAGUUCUGAUGGUAAUUUUUUGAGUGGGAGACAGGGAAUAUGAAGGUGAAAGGGGACUCUACAAGAAAAAAAGUAGACUAUCAAAAUAAACAGAAUAAAAAAAUUGCUGGCGACUUGAAUUUUUUUGAAGUUCAAUUUAGCAGGGAGAAUCACUGAAAAAAACUGUGUUUUUUUGACAAAAAAAUUUGAAGUUUAAAAAUUCAGGAGAAAUGAACUUAGAAACUUUGUAUUUAAACUUUUUUUCUUUCACAGCACUUGUCGUUCAAACAUGUGGAGCUGUGACGGAACAACUUGCCUGAUUCAACCGGACAUUUUGGACAAGGUCAAGACCGGAAGAUAUUCGUCAGUUUUUCCUCUUUUUUUCCUUAGAAGUUAGAAAGUUAUAUUGAAAAAAAUCGAUUCAAAUAGGUACAAACUUCGAAGAAAAAAAAUAGCUUAAAAUGCGGAUUUCCUUCAAUAAAAAAACUUGUUCUGUAAGAAUUAAAAAAACAAGUCUGUAAGAAUUCUUCUUUCAAAUUUUACAAAAAAGGUUCAAAUCGUAAAAUUUUGAGAAAACAGGCCACAAUACGGAACUCAUGAUUUGAAAAAACUCGUGAAAUUCAGGGAAUUAAAUAAAAAAUGACAAAUCACGAGUUGAUAUGACAAAUUUCAACUGUCUAACCAUUUUCCUCCACUUUUUUCAUCCCUUUCCAUUUUUUCCGUCGCGUUCCGAUCCGCUUCGGAAUUGACUUUCGAAUGGAAUACUUGUAAUGUAAUGUACAUUGGAAACUCGUUGUCCGACGCCGGAUUCGCCAUUUUUUUUCGUUCUCCCAUCUUUUAUGAGACUAUUAAAAUUUGCAGCGGAAGUUGGAAAAAGUUUGGAUCGGAUGAAAUCAUUGGGACAAAGUUGUACGGUUCUGAAGAGUUUCAAGCUUUUAAAGAAUAAUCUUUAUUUUCAAAAGAUGAAUUACGAUUAUUAUGAUCAGAUGUGUUUUUGUACGAUUUAGAUUUAAAAUUUCAGGUGUUCGAAUAUCUUUUUUUCUUAAAAAAAUUUUUUUAUAUCAAAAAGGAAUAAAAGCUUUUACAGAUCUUUCAAAGCCUGGAAACGUUUUUUUCAAUGAAAUAAUGAAUAAAGUCCCAAAUUUUAAAGUUUGAAAGCUUCAAUGAAAAGUUCAAGUACCUUAAAACUCCAAUAAAUUCUGAAAUUCUCUUUUUUUCAAAUGAAAGUUGACACUUAGACGUUUUUCUGAGUUUCCCGAAUAAUUGUUCUAUUCAAAAAAACGUUCUGAAAUUCAAAAAACCUCAAAAAAAGCGCGUCGAAGUUGAGCUUUUUUAUCAGAACAACUGCGCUCUACUGCAAAAAGAUCUUUAAAGAAGUCGUUCUGAAUUUUUUUUUUUCGAUUAAAUCUAACAGAUUUAACUUCCUAUCUGCUGACGAGGGCUAUAUUUUUCAAUUAACCGCUCAAAAGCGGUCAUUUUUUCGAAGUUAAUGAGUUUUCUUUUUCUCAAAAAAUGGCUUCAAAACAUUUCCGCUUCUUGUUAUAAUCUUUUUUUAUCGGAAUAUCAUUUUUUUUAUUGGUACACAAUUUUUUUUCAAAUCGCUUUCCAAUGCAUCUUACUAGCGGAACCAAGGCCAUAACUCUCGGGUGUUCCCCUCUUGGAAACCCACCGAGAAAACAAUAAAUCUGCGGCGAACCGUCCGUAACAAGUUCCUGCGAGAGAGGGCUCUGUGUUCGCGCCCAUCAAGAUCAUAUCAGUUCUGAUAUCGUCACCUUUUGCCACAUUUCAGGACAAUCCCAAUAAAUAUAUCGUCGUUACUUAUCCGAUUAUUCGCAUUCAACUCAUUUCAAGCGACAGCCAAUAAUUUCAUACAGAAUGAUAAAAAUGUAAGAAAAUAAUUUCAUUAGAGUUUCGGAACCAAGGGAAUGAUAAGUAAUCGAAAAUUGAUCUGAAUGGAGUUUUUUAGCUGUAGAGCGCCAUUCGGAAGCGAUUCAUAGCCAGUCAUACCUUCUCCAGCGGAAAAAAAGUCACGAUACUGGGAAAGAAUUUAGUCACCACUCAAGAGGUUACUCAAGGGCUAUUUUAAAAUGAUACUGAGCUGGCCAAUAAAAACCACCUUUAUUGUAGUAACUAUUUUUAAAUUUGGAAAUUUUUGAAAGUUGCAGAGACAGCGUGUUAAAGACCUAAUAUUUCAAUUAGACUUAUAAAAAGGCCACCAAUCAUUAGUCACUCAAGGGGCCACAAUUUUGAAUGCAAUAGUAGCCAUUGAAACGUCAAAACCCUAAAACGAUCACUAAAAUUUUUCCCGGGCUCUAAAACUUUCAGCUCAUUUUAUCCGUAGAGCGCAAGUGAAAGUAAUGAAUGAAUUUUUUUUUCGAUGAUUUUUCGGUGCUGAAAAUGGGUAAUAAAGGAUUGUUGUAAGUCUUCGAUUCUCAUCGUGUUUCUUUUUGACAAUUAUUCUCAAAAGACUACUUUUGGCGUUAGUGUAUCUUCUUGGCUUUCAGAUGGUCGGCCCGAAACUACACCAACUUCUGGGGCCGAAGCCUCAGCGAUGGAAUCAAAUUCCGUCUGGGUACCCUUUUCCCGGAACAAAGUGUCCAGAACAUGAACGAGAUCGUCAUCAAGCCGAGAGAGCUUCCCGAGUCGUUUGAUGCCAGGGAAAAGUCGGUUUUCAGAACCUCACUUUAAAAUGUCAGCUUAUUCUAUUUCAAAAUCUUAUUUCCAACGAUUCUUUUGGUUUGUCUUAUCUUGAGAGUUAGAGAAAAAAAGUUUUUAGAGAUCAUUUUGAAUAAAUGAUUACAGAUGGGGUGCCCUUAUCCAUCCAGUUUUGGACCAAGGAGAUUGCGGAAGCAGUUGGUCCGUUUCUACUACAACUAUUUCUUCGGAUCGGUACUUUUCAGCGUAAAAUUAUCAAUCUGUUUGAAUUUUGAAGGAGGAUGACUGAAAUAGUUUCUAUCGUGAGAUAAGACCCAAAACAGAUAACAUGAGUCAAUAAAAACUCCAGUGGCCACUACAGCUUCUCGCAGUACAUUUCAUAGAUUUCAGUUUUUUUUUCACUUGCCAAGUUCAUCUAUAAAAACUGCAUUUUCGCCUUUUUUUUUUUAGUAUGGUUUGGUUCUGUAUAGCCCAUUUCGCGCCACUACUGCUUCCUUUUUUUCUGAAAAAAGGACCGUAUACUACAUUCUAACGAACUGGACAAAACUUCCCUUCGAGACCUUUGUUUUUCGCAUUAUUUUGGAGUACUUUCGUGCAGUUUUGUAGAGCAAACGAGCAGAAGAAGCUGUGCUUCAAUAACUAUUAUUUUUUGCUGUGCCUUUAAAACGUGGCCGUCAGGUCCUAUAAAUGUUAUGAAAAUUAAUUUGAAACAUGAUUCUUUUUUGAGACUCUCGAUCAUCAGCGACGGGAAAAUCAAGGCUUCGAUCAGUCCCCAACAGCUUCUGUCCUGCAACCAACACCGACAGAGAGGCUGCGAGGGCGGCUAUUUGGACCGCGCCUGGUGGUAUAUCAGGAAACUCGGGUUCGUUUCAUUUUUGAGCGAAAUCGUAAUUGAAAAAAAAAAACUUUCUGUGAAAAAUUGAUAAGCAGGAAUGACCUCAAUCUUGGCAGCUUUCCCCAGAAAUGUUCUUCAAUUCCUCAACUUUUUUUCUCGGUUUUUUUCCUCGAUUCUUGCUCUUCCAAAGUUAAUUUUUUUGAAAUUCGAUUUGUCACUUGCAACUUUGUGUCAAUUUCUUUAAAGAUCUUCCCGGUCCUUGUGAGCUUUUCAAAUUUAAUAAAAUUGAGUUAUUUUGUUUUUCUUAGAUUUGUCUUUUACAGUUUUAUUUUUAUUUAUUCCGUUGGAAUUUGAGAAUUCCAAGUUGUUGAGAUUAUAUCACUGAAGAAAAGGCUUUUUCCGACUUUUUUUUCACUUCGCUCAUAUUUUUUAUAGUAUUUUUUUUCAAUUUUAUUAAUAAAAGAAAAAUUUGUUUUUGCAAGAAUCUUUGUUUGUUCCAUUUUCAUUGUUCAGUUUAAGAAUACAAUUUCCUAAAAUCGUACUUUGAUACCAAAUUUAAGUUUAUGGUUUUUCCAAACUAUAUAACAGAUUUUUUUCUGAAUUUCUGCUCCUUUAUAGUACUUUUUGGAUCAUUUAUUGUUUUUUAAAAAGAUUAAUCGAACAAAGCUGUCAAGAUUUUGCACCUUUUUGAACCCAUUUCCUCUUUCUUCCUUGCCUUUGUACCUGGAGCCCCAAGUCGAUGAGACAAGGUCCUAUCUUGAUAUCAAUGAUAAUCAAAGGACCGGCUCGAGUGACAUAUCAGUCAUGGUGUGUGACGGUUGUGGGUUCCAGAGCCGUAGUUUUGUCAACAUUUCUCAAACCCCGCACCUCUUUCAAAUCCUUUUUUUUUCGUUCAUUGUUAAAUUCCUUGAACUCGACUGACAAUCUUCCUGAAAGAAGUAUUUUCAGAGUCGUCAGCGAGGAAUGCUAUCCGUAUGUUUCUGGAGUCUCCCGCGAGCCUGGCCAUUGUCUCAUUCCCAAGAGGAAUUACACGUUUGUUUUUUUUUUCAGCGUACUUGAAAAGGAGAAAAGUCAAGUAAGAUGGUAGUUUUAUGACAGAAAUAGUUCAACCUGAACCUCAACUUGUCCUAAAAUGAAAAUUUAUUUUGUGAAAUACACGAGCAGGUGAUUUCAGAAUCGAAAUAAAAUAACUCAGGGUUGGGCUUUUCUUAGGCUUAGAGCUCAAAAAAAUAGGCAUAUAAAAUUUAUUUUUCGAACAAUUCCUGCCUUAAAAAAUUUGGGGACAAAACCUUAUUAAAACAAAAUUUUACACAUUAAUUCAAGAUGGCAUGUAUUUUUGAAAAAGUUUCGAAAAUUGCCCUAUCUAUCGGUUGAUAUACGACUUGCCCAGAAAAAAAGACUCAUAAAUUCUUAGAUGCGCAGGUACUUACCGUAACCCGACUGUAAGAGAAAAUGACUAAAAAAGUUUUGUCUGCAAUCCUAUGAUAACAAUGGAAGAAAUUUCAUCAAAAUCCAAAAAAAAAGCUUUUACUUACUCUUUUUGAGAAUUAAAGAAACAAAGUGUUAAGGCACUGAUAAUUUCCGAUUCGUUCAAUAGUGUUCUUCAAAAGAAACAAGAUAGUGAAAAUGAAAAUCCUUGAAAAAUUUCUUGAGAUUUAAGCGCAACACAACUUCCAAUAUUUCAAGACACUAAUUUAAUUUGCGCAAAGAUCGUCUGAUAAAAUUUCAAGCGGAAGAAGAAUGUUUUGUUUUUAUUAUUUAUUCAUUUUUAUUCUUCCAGAAAUGGCCAAGGAAUCCGAUGCCCGACUGGCCAUCCCGACAGUACCGCCUACAAAAUGACGCCGCCUUAUAGAGUUUCUAAUAGGUAUGUUGUUGAUUUUAAUAAAAAGCUUCUCAUAGAAAUCAAAAAAAAAGUUCAAGAUUUGUGAUCUUCUAUUUUGGCAGAGAGGAGGACAUUAUGACGGAGCUGAUCACCAACGGACCGGUCCAGGCGACUUUCCUGGUUCACGAGGACUUUUUUAUGUACUCUGGAGGAGUCUAUCAACACAGCGGACUGGCGUCGCAGAAAGGAGCUGGAGCUGUUGGAGAAGGAUAUCACUCUGUUCGAGUUUUGGGGUGAAUAUUUCCAAAUUUGGGAGAAAAAAGAGUGAGAAAUGAGCCGCGAGAAAUGUUAAAUAUAGAGCCUAAGGAGUGCCACUAAACGUUUUAGAGACCAUUUUAUGGGUAUCGGUGGACAAGAGAGCUUCUAGAAAAAAAAAAUACCCUCUUUCUCAUUUUUGAAUUAUAACUUUUGAAGAUUCGAGUCCCGAAAAUCAAAUUUUUCAAUCAAAGAGAGAAAAUCACGGUUUUCGAAAACAUUGUUCAGUUGAAAAUUGUUAUAGCUUUGAUUGGAUACAGAAAAAAAAGGUUAGAGAUCAAGAUGGCUUGGAGAAGGGCCACAGAAAUACUGCGUGGAAAACAUGAGAAAAGCCGCUUCAUGGAACUUUCUGAAUUUACAAGGAGAAAAAUGAAAAAAUGGCAGUUCGACACUUUAUUGAUAGUCUUUUUUGCUUUAGAAGUAGAAUUGUUGAGCUCUCAAUUCUUAAAAAAAACAUUUUUUUAAAAAGCUUUUUUGACUUUUUAUUUGUGUUUUUACCAUGCAAGUUAGGAGAUUUUCCAUUUUUAGAUGGGGCGUUGACCACUCGACCGGCCGAGCCAUCAAGUAUUGGCUGGCGGCCAACUCCUGGGGUUCCGAUUGGGGCGAAGAAGGCCUUUUCCGAAUCAUUCGCGGCGAGAAUCAUUGCGAGUUCGAGAGCUUCGUCAUUGGUAUUUUCUUCAUUUUGACUCGAAAACCCAGUUAUAAAUGAUUUACGAAAGCCUGAGUAGUUUUUUGAGGGUUUAGGGAGAAAAAGAGGCCCCAUAGGGGUCAAAAAGGUUGCCCCUCUAGGGGCCUUUUUAAGUGUUCUUCAUACAAAUAAUGUUUUACUUCAGAGUUUCCCAGUUUUUUUAAACCAUUUUAAAAGGACUUGAAAAAAAAACUUACCUGUCUGCGCCCUCCUUUCCCUUGUCAUCAAAAUAGCGAGAGAGCGUAGAUAAAACAGAACUUUUUUGAAAGGAAAAAAAAAAUGAAAGUUUUUGAUGGUGCGAAAAGUUUGAUUGAAAUUAGAAAAAUUCAUUUUCCAGGAGCCUGGGGCAAAGGAGCAAAGCGGAGGAGACGCUUCAAAAUGCGAAAAACUUCGUCGUUUCAGAAAAAUUCUUCUAAUCUCUUCCAAAAAAAAUUUUAUUUGAACCAAAUUUAUGUUUUUCACCGCUUGUCUCAAUUUUUUUCGUUUUGCGUGAGCUUCCGGUUUUUCCUAAUUUUUUUAGUCCUAAUUUGCUACAACAGGGUCAGGUAUUGACAAUAAAUUUUUAAAUUUUUUUAUAUUUUUGUUGAAAUGGCUAGAGACUGUUAGAUACAUGGAGAUAGUCAGACGAUUUCCGCGUCUGGAUCUCUCUAAUUUCCGUACCUUCUCCGUUUUUUUUUGAAGUUAAUUCUCAUGAGGAUUUUUCUUACAAUUGUUUUAUUUUUUUUAAUUGCUAUUUUUUUAGCGGCUCAAUUUUCAGAGCCCUUCUUAUCAAAUUUUCUAGAUGAUGAAUGAUCUUAUCACUGCUUUUUCUUCCUUCUUUCCCUGCCAUAAUAAGCUUUCAUUUUUCCAACUUUAUUCUCUGAAAAUUGAUAAAAUCUCGACGAGAAUUGAGAAAAUGUUUUUUUACAACGUGCCGGAAUGAUUGAAACGGUGUGGAAAUACAUGAGAGUGUGUGUGUGAAAAAAAAAACGGGUUUUUUCUCUUUAUUCUUUCAGAGAUGGAACAGAAGAAUCGAAAGGCAUUGGUGGAGAAAAUGGGCUUAUCUUCAUCAAUUCAUCAUAUCAAGGUCUUUGGCGGCGCAAGAAUUUUUUGGGUUGGUUUUUCAUUGAAAUACGAAAAAAUGGCCACUUUCCCAGCUCAUAAUAAGGAAAAGAAGUGGCUGGGAAGGUGAGAAGUACUAAAAAAAAGCGUCUUUAUUACUUCAAAUGCGCUCCAAAUAGAAAAAGAGAAAAUUAGCUGGAAGAUAAGUGAUUUUCAGUCUGUUAGGUUCUGAGCUUAGGAACGCCUAAGUGGUCCCUAGAGGAGUUAAUGAACAAAAUAGCGCUCCAUAAAUGGAUAAAAUUCAGGUCGUCCUAA